CCCGUGGAUGGUGAUGGACCUCACACCGAGUAGUUCUGUGAAACUGAGUGAUGGGCACUUCAUGCCAGUGCUGGGCCUGGGCACUUAUGCUCCGGAGACCGUUUCUAAGAGUCUGGCAGAAGAGGCCACCGAGAUGGCAAUUGAUAUAGGCUAUCGUCAUAUUGACUCAGCUCACCUGUACAUGAACGAAGAAGAGAUUGGGAGGGCCAUCCACAAGAAGAUUGCCAGCGGUACUGUGAAGAGAGAGGACCUAUUCUGCACCUCAAAGCUGUGGAGUACCUUUUUACGUCCAGAAUUGGUACAAACUGGCCUGGAAAUGACACUGAAGAAACUUCAGCUGAGCUAUUUGGAUCUUUAUCUUAUUCAUUUCCCAGGAGGUCUGAAGCCUGGGAAGGAGCUUAUCCCCAUGGAUACACAAGGAAAUGCUAUUUUUGACAGAGUGGAUAUCUGUGCCACGUGGGAGAUCCUGGAAAAGUGCAAGGAUGCAGGACUGGUCAAAUCCAUUGGUGUGUCCAACUUUAACCACAGGCAGAUAGAGAAAAUCCUCCACAAACCAGGACUUAAGUACAAACCUGUUUGUAACCAGGUGGAAUGCCACCCUUACCUGAACCAGCACAAACUUCUGGAGUUCUGUAAAUCCAAUGACAUUAUCUUGACUGCAUUUGCUGCCUUGGGAUCCGAUGCAAGAAAGGACUGGGUGACCAAGAAUAAGCCGCCCCUCCUGGAGGAUCCAGUGAUCAAAGCCAUUGCUGGAAAGCACAUGAGGACUUCUGCCCAGGUGGCCCUACGCUACCAGCUUCAGCGGGGCGUGGUGGUCCUGGCCAAGAGCUUCAACGAGAAGAGAAUCAAAGAGAACUUCCAGGUGUUUGAUUUCCAGUUGUCACCAGAGGAUAUGAAUAAACUAGACAGCUUAAACAGAAACAUUCGCUAUCUGGAAGAUCUUUUAUUUGCUCAGCAUCCAGAUUAUCCAUUUAAUGAUGACUACUAG